AUGGCUUUCUCAAGCACUCACAACAGAAAUCCCUUGGGGCGCAAUCAGCAUGGAUAUGUCUUAAAGGCUACCGACCCUGUUCUUCAAGAGGCAUUGUACGAAUAUCAUCGACAACUAAUUACCAACGACAAGUUGAUUUCGGAAUUGCUCAUGGCUGACCACAACAUCAAUAUGAAACCGCGAACAGUUCAAAAACGACGCAUGGAACUAGGACUGCAGUCUAGUCGGAAAACCUUGAAGUUAAUUGAUUCUAAUGAAGCCGAACAACUUGUCAUUGACCAAAUGGACCUCGAUCCUGCCAAAAAUAUGGGUCCUCGUAAAAUUCGUCACAAGAUUUCGAUGAAAACAGGAAUACACCUCCCCCGUGAUUAUGUUGCUGACACCAUGCGGAUUCACGAUAGCAAAGGCUUUGAAAAGCGCCACCCCAAAGCUAAACUUAUCCAUCGCGCAACCAAAGUCAACAUUGGAAAUGACAUAUUCGAUAAUCCUGGUCUUCCGGCUAGUAGCGCCUCUCAGUCAUCGACAAAUUACCACAACUCCACACCAUUACCGACCUCAGAGUCUGUGCGUUCAUCAGCACCUCGUCAACUAAGAAGUAUGGCAUUUCGGACACACCCGUGGUCUAGAAAUGAUGUUAAAAUGGACAACUAUAAAUUCACCCGCUUCAACGCAGUUUAUCAAGCAGACGGAAAUGUUACUAUUGACGCGGGCUUCACUGCAAACUUAGACACCAUUGAAAUAACAAACGACUGGGGUAGAGGUCAAACACUGUGGAAAAAAUCCGACCCUCAGCAUUUUAAAUGUGGCUUCCUUGGGUGUGGGUCAACAAAACAUGCAAUUUAUGCACGGUAUCAGGGAAAAGAAUAUGCCCUUGUCCAACCAUAUGACAACCAAAUGGAGCCGUCAGAAGCCCGCCGAAUUCUGAAAGCUGAAUUGCAGCUUCUCGCGCAAUGCGACGGGAUCAAAAAAGUGUUCGACCAAUAUGUUGAAGAGUCCGAAAACGUCUGUAGAAGGUUCCGAGCAAGCAUUGGUAGCUUUUACUUCAAUUUUGAAGGUUCUUUCUAUGGCGAACUUGAACCUCUGUCUGCUUCGGGAAAGAAGAGCUUGCCGCAUAUUGCCUUUCUUGCAACCCCUAUGCUUCCAUCUGGACGAUACGACGAACCAAUUAAGAAAUUUACUGGAAGCGACAAGAUAGGGCCGGCAUAUGACAUGAUGACAAAAACAAUUCACGCUUACGUCCAUUUUGCAUUCAUUUAUACACGAGGAUCAAUUCUCUUUUGCAAUAUGCAGGGCACUAAAGACCGCAAUGGCCGCAUGUGCUUGAUUAACCCACAUGCACACACGUACGUUUGA